AUGACCGAUACCGUAGUAGAUGACUCAGUAAAUAUAAACAAUUACUUACCUUUCCAUUCAACAUUCUCUGCUGAAGCCUCUAGUCGCUAUGGAAGACAAUUGAUUGUACUAAUAUCCGAGUGGUUCAAAACAGUAAAAAAUAAUCCAGCUUUAAAUUGUUCUAAAAAUCAUUUAAGCGGCGACUUUGAAUGUUUAGAUGGACAGAUAAUCUACGAAAACAUUACCAAUACUUCAGUUCUAGUCGUUGGUGCCGGUGGGCUUGGCUGCCCAGCCUUGCUCUAUUUAGGGGCUUCUGGAAUAGGCAAUAUAGGCAUUGUAGAUGGGGAUUCAGUAGAGAUUUCAAAUCUACAUAGACAAAUAAUACAUACGGAGGAACUAUUGGGUAUCAAUAAAGCGGAAUCUGCUAAAUUAGCUAUUGAGAAACUAAAUUCUGAUAUCAUUUGCAAAUCCUAUCCAUACAAAUUAACAAGAGAUAAUGCAGAGGAGUUGAUUAGCAAUUACGACAUAAUUAUUGAUUGCACUGAUGAUAUAUCUACCAAGUUGUUAAUGAAUGAAGUCUGUUUAAAAACAAACAAGUCAUACGUUACUGCUGCGGCGCUUAGACACGAGGGCCAAUUACUUGUUUUUGACAGAAAAUCCUACAGUUUAACUGAAUUAAACAAUUCGGCAUGUUAUAUGUGUAUUGCUAAGACCAGGGGUAUCGAGGUCAAAGAUAUGUGUUCAAAGUUUGGCAUUUUGGGUCCUGUGACGGGUGUAUUAGGCUGUCUCCAAUCGAUGGAAGUAAUAAAGAUUGCAGCGGGUUUGGGUCGUUAUGUUGGACUAUCUCCCAGUAGGAUGGUAUCAUAUAAUGCUUUCGAUCCACUCAAUCCAUUUAGAACUAUACAAUUAAAUAAUAGAGACCCAAAUUGUUCAGCUUGUUCAAAUGGAGUUGAACCAAAAUUGCACAUAGAAAUUCCAACAGAUGUAAAUAAUAUAACUUUUGACAAAUUGCCGCGACAAUAUGACAAUAGUGUCAUUAUAGACGUAAGAUCUAGGCCAAAAUAUACAAUUGGACACCUUAAAAACUCAAUAAACUGGCCUACUGAUGAAAUUUUACACUAUGCAUACAAAAAUGAAUACCAACAAUUCAUUAAAGAGUUGAGCACUAGAUGUGGAAUUGACAAGAUAGAAAACAUUUAUAUUGUAUGUAGAAGGGGAGUUGAGAGUAAAAUAGUAGCAGGGACGCUAAAAAUGAUAUAUAACACAUCUAAUGUGAUUUUUUAUAGUGUAGAGGGUGGGCUGCAUAAGUAUGUCCAAGAAGCCAACCAUAAAUUGCCCAUACUGUGA